ACCGAACACAGCUAAAAUAAUUAACCUGUGAAAAUAUUACAAUUUCCCGAAUUCUAAAGAUCAAACUCGACAGUCAUGGCUUCAAGGCAACAGAAGGAGCAGAAAGCCGAGACCGAGGCAUGGCAAGCAGCGCAAGACAUAAGUGACGCUAACAGACAGAGAGACUAUGAAGACAGAGCCAGGGAGAUGAGAGAACAUUAUUAUCCCCAGCAACAAGAAGAAAGACCAGGCGUCAUCGGUUCCGUGUUGAAGAAAGUUACCGAUACUUACGGCUACGCCAAAGAAGCUGUCGUCGGAAAGAGCCAAGAAGCUGCAGAGAAAACGAAAGAAACUGCGUAUUCUGCAGCGGAGAAAGCGAAAGAGAAUGAGGAGUACACCACUGAGAAGUCGAAAGAGACUACGGAUGCUGCUGCAAGGAAGUUGGAUGAAACAAAGGAAAGCGCUAAGCAGAAGGCGGAGGAAGCUAAAGAAUCGACGAAGGGGAAGCUGGGAGAGUAUGCGGAGAAGGCGAAAGAAACUAAGGAUUCAACCAAAGAGAAGCUAGGCGAGUAUAAGGAUCGUGCAGCUGAGAAGGCGAAAGAAACGGGAGAAUCCGCCAAGGAGAAGGCGGAAGAGUAUAAGAAUUAUGCCGCGGAGAAGGCGGGGGAGGCCAAGGAUAAGACGGCAGAGAAGGCGACAGAGACCAAGGAUUAUACUGCCCAAAAAGCUGAAGAAGGAGAAGAGAAAGCAAAAGAAACAAAGGAUUAUACUGCUGAAAAAGCUAAAGAGGGUAAAGAUGCUGCUGCUAGUAGACUCGGUGAGCUCACCGAGUCCGCUAAAGGCGCUGCAAGAAAAGCUAUGGACUUGUUUACUACUAAGAAAGAAGAAGCCAAAGAGAAGACACAAGAGAGUACAGAAGCAACCAAGGAGAGCUUGAGUGAAGCUGAAGAGGAAGCAAGGAGGAAAAUGGAGGGCUUAAAAAUGGAAGGUGAAGCAUACAAACAGGACAAGGAAGUUGAAGCUGAAAGGGGAACCAGAGCGAAAGAGACGAUCUUCGGCAAUCUAGGGUUAGGAACCAUCAAAGACUCGAUCAAAGGAAAGCUUACGCAGCCACAUGACAUUGUAAACGAGACCCGUGCAGCUCGCGAACACGGGGGCACCGGUCGACAAGAGGUGGUGGUUGAGGAAACCCCGGCCGGAAAGGUGGCUGCUACUCUGAAAGCAACUGAUGAUAUGAGCGGUCAAAGCUUCAACGAUGUCGGACGUAUAGAUGAUCGGUGAGCCUGGAAUCUACUCAAAGAUGAAGAAGUCAAAACCCUUUUGAGACCUUUUGUUUCUGUAAUUUGUUUUUGUGAUGGCACUUAGUCCAGUGUCUGUGUUUUUGCUCGUCUUUGUCAAUAAUAACCAGUUCAGUGUACUUGUUCAGUA